GAAAGCGGUCUAUCUCGGCCCAUUAACAGUGAUGCAGGAAUCUGCUCCGAAACAACCGAAUAUUGCUCCUGUCUUGCCUAAAUUAAGUUUCCUUUUAUUGUUCGCGGCAAUGUUUCUCGCGACAGCUAUGGUGAUUUUCUUUCUCAUUCCCCCCUCCGAAGAAAAGAGCAAAGAUUUUUAUGCAUUUAAGGGAGUAAACAUCAGAGGCAAGUUAAUUUCACUGGAGAAGUACAGAGGGUCGGUCUCAUUAGUUGUUAAUGUUGCCAGUGAGUGUGGCUUCACAGAAAGUCACUACAAAGACCUACAGCAAUUGCAGCGGGAAUUAGGGCCAAUGCAUUUCAAUGUCCUGGGAUUCCCCUGUAAUCAAUUUGGGAAUCAAGAGCCAGGAACUGACCAAGAGAUUGAGAAGUUCGUUCGAAAAACCUAUGGAGUUACCUUCCCAUUGUUUAGUAAGAUCGCCGUCAAAGGCACUGGUGUAAAUGCAGCAUUCAAAUAUUUGAUAGACUCCACUGGUAAGGAACCAGACUGGAAUUUCUGGAAGUAUCUUGUGGAUCCAAAUGGUAAGGUGGUCAAUGUUUGGCCACCUUCUGUUUCAGUUGCAGAAAUAAAGCCACAUAUUGUAUCACUAGUGAGACAACUCAUUGUGAAACGAAAAGAAGAAUUGUAACCUCACCCUGAAUUAAUGUCUCGUUAUUCAAUGGGUCAGUCAUUUGUGUUUUAAAUUUUGCUUUGUGAAGCCCACUAAUUCACACCACAUGACAUAAACAUAAAUUGUGUUCUUCUCUAUUGCAGAAAAAAGCUAAUUCAACCACUAUUUAUACAGUGUUACAAUUUGCCUAUCUUUUUUAGAAAAACGUAUGUUUUAAUGUCAGGGGCUCCAUAUGAAAUUUACAGAAGUUUUAUUUAUAUUACUUGUGCUGAGGAAAUAAACUGAAUUCAUGAAAAGGCUGAAAAAAAGAUUAUUACAGGUUAAAAUUCAUUAGAAGUAAAACCAGUUCUUCAAUAUGAAAUAUUAGGGAAAAUAUUCCAUUUCUUUAAUUCAGGGGGUAAUUUUAAUUUGGAGCUGAAUCCAGCAAGGGAUUGGGGUGAGCACCACAUGUGAUUUCAAUAUCAGGCCUUUUCAACUGACCACCUGAAUCAGAUUGAAGGGGCCAUUUGGUUAGUGGGUGGCAGUGGAAGUCUUGAUGUUGUUAAGGAAGGCUGGAGGUUUGGCCUGAUCUGUAGAGGGAAGGGAUGGUCUUAGAGUAAGGUAAACCUCAAUUUUCCUUUUAUAGUCUGGAGAAGCCUUCCAGUUUCUUCUGGCCCCACAGGGAGUUUUUAUUUAAACCCAUGUCUUCUUCUCAUCCGUACUCUUCUCAUUGUUUUCACCUGGGGAGAUGGCCACAAUUACCCCACACACACACCCACUAAGGGUCAUAUUUAAAGUUCCAUUUGAUGCCUGAUGAUGUCAUUAGGUGCUUUAACUGUUUGGUUAUAGUCUGGAUUGAAAAGAGACAAAACCAAGCAGGAAAAUGUUAAGUCACCCAAUUGGUAUGCAUCUUAACUGCCUGUGAGUGCUGGAAGUGUAGGGUUAAAAAUGCUUUCCUCUACCCUCCAUCUUUCUGUUAGUGCAUGGUAAAGUGGGAAUGAUGCAUUUUUUGGGGAGAAUGCUAGAUGAAGAGAUGCCCAAUAUCAAUUUUAUUUAAUUGUAGGUGCAUAGUAGUGUCAUGAGUUGGACUGCUCUGAGUAAAAGAAAGGUAAAUAUUUUUCUUUACAAUCAUUAUUUGUGUCUCUCCAGUGAUUGGACAUAGUUAACUAAAUUGUUAUCUUCAGUUGGCAGGGCCUCAGCUGGUGAGAGAAAGCUUGUAAUUUGUGGAUCAACAAUUUCCUUUCCAAUUUGAAGUGUGUGCAUUUUUUUUUCCUUUCCUGACUCAACAGCCUUUAACCCACAGGAAGAUAACUUCUGCUCUGCUCUUCCUAAAGACAGAGAGCACUAGAAGAAAUGGAUGUGGAAAAGUAGGGCAUGCCUUCAAUUUUCUUUUCAUUUGAGACCCUCCACAAAAAUAGCACCCAGACUGAAAUAAGUAUUGAAUCACACUAUUGUUUUAAAUUAUAUUCCACCAUAGAAAAAAAAUCAUAUUUGUGAUGCAGCAUGUUCAAUACAACUUCCUGAACCAAUUCUCAGAAAAUGUGACAUGUAUUACUAUAUCAAAGGUUCAUUUUCUAUUGGAUCUGUUUUUGCUUCCAUAUUGGUGCUACUUUAUGACUGAGUUCUUAAUGUUUAAGGCUUCCUGCAAUCCUCCAAUAUUUGAUCAAUUCUGCACAAUGGGUACCUGAGGAAGCUGUUGAAUAAAUAAAUUGAAUAAAAUUUGAAUCAUUUCAAAUUCCUAUUGGUUCAUUCAUAAGUGUACAGUAGGUCAUAGGUACAGUCUCCUCUCUAUCCAUACUUUAUUCUAGCAUAGAUAAGAAAUUGGUAUCUCCUAUUCAAGCCAGCAUGAAUGCUUAGCAAUCCUGUAGUUGCAUUUCAUUUUUUUGUUCUGUUGGAUGAUAGGCACGGUACAUGAUCUAUGCUUACAGGCUAGUGUACUUUCUGAUGUGAUCAUUUUUAAUUAUUGGAAGUGACACUGUAUACAGUAUUAUGCUAUUAAAAGCUCCGUUAUUGCC